CUGAUGUCACUGCGCAUGCCUGCCUGUGACAGGACGCUCGGGAAUGACGUCAGGCCCCCGCGGGUCCGCGCUCUCCGGAGCGCCAUGCUGGGCGCGUCAGGCACGGGGCUCGUGCGGGCCCUGCGGGCAGGGACGCAGGUGUGGCUGUGGGGCUCGCGCGGCCGCUCCCUCACCUUGCCGCACGCGGCUCGUGGGCUACACGCGGGAGACUGGCGGCCCUCAGCCGGGCGGGGACCGCUCGAGCGGCGGCCGAGCCUGCCUGCGGCGGCGAUCGUGAACUCGGCGCCCCGCCCUCUGCAGCCCUACCUGCGCCUCAUGAGAUUGGACAAGCCCAUAGGAACCUGGCUACUGUACCUGCCAUGUACUUGGAGCAUUGGUCUGGCAGCUGAACCAGGUUGUUUUCCAGAUUGGUACAUGUUAUCCCUCUUUGGCACUGGAGCUGUUCUGAUGCGUGGAGCAGGCUGUACUAUUAAUGACAUGUGGGACCAGGACUACGAUAAAAAGGUUACAAGAACAGCAAGUCGCCCAAUAGCUGCUGGAGACAUUUCAACUUUUCAAUCCUUUGUUUUUCUUGGGGGACAGCUGACCUUGGCACUGGGUGUUCUUCUGUGUCUGAAUUACUACAGUAUAGCUCUUGGAGCAGCAUCCCUACUUCUUGUCAUCACCUACCCGCUAAUGAAGAGAAUUACAUACUGGCCUCAGUUAGCCUUGGGAUUGACUUUUAAUUGGGGAGCAUUACUUGGAUGGUCUGCUGUCAAGGGCUCCUGUGAUCCAUCUGUUUGCCUUCCUCUUUAUUUUUCUGGAAUUAUGUGGACUCUAAUAUACGAUACUAUCUAUGCUCAUCAGGACAAGAGAGAUGAUGCUCUGAUCGGGCUUAAGUCCACGGCACUGCUGUUCCGUGAAGAUACCAAGCAGUGGCUCAGUGGCUUCACUGUGGCGAUGCUGGGGGCACUGAGCCUGGUGGGAGUGAACAUUGGUCAAACUGUGCCCUACUACACUGCUCUGGCUGCUGUAGGGGCCCAUCUGGCUCACCAGAUUUACACUCUGGACAUCCACAGACCUGAGGAUUGUUGGGAUAAAUUCACCUCCAACCGAACAAUAGGACUAAUAAUUUUUUUAGGAAUUGUCCUUGGGAAUUUGUGGAAAGAAAAGGAGACAGAUAAAACAAAGAAAAAUAUAGAUAAUAGAGUAGAAAAUUAGCAAAUUAAGUUUAUCUGGGGAUUUUUAAAACAAACUUUUACAAAAUACUCUCAGGUCUUAUUACCACAUAACUAGAUUUGAAUAACAGUCUUACAAUAUGUUAAUGAAUUACAAACCAGUAGAUGAAGUUGUAGAGCAUUUUUGCCUGGAUUUUAGUUCAACUAUGUACUAGUCAAAUUCUUCCCCAUCACAGAAACCAGGAACUCUUCAGGAUUUGCGAUCACCUGGAGUAUUUAAGUUAUAAUUCUCAUCUGCAGUUACAGGAAUUAUAUGAGUUUUGGCACUUUAGAAGAAAACUUGAUGUGUGUCUCAUCAAAAUGACUGUCUUUGUAGGAAAAUGGACUCUCUUUUUAGGGCAAAAUAAAAGCUGCUACAGGAAGUUGAGGCUUAUUGUUCUUUGCGUUGACCUUUACUUACUGCCAAAAGCUGUAAUUCAGGAAACCGUUCUGUUUUUUAUAUUUUAGGAGAAUUUAAAUCAGUAAAUAAAAUUUUUUACCUGUU